AGUCUCGGAGAAGUCUAUAUAUGUGGUCGAAAAAGUUUGGAAUCUCUCAGGCAUGCGACGUCCUUCACAGCACAUACAAAUGGAGGACACCACCUCCCGGUACUACUCCGUCUACCUCGGCUGGGCUCUCGUCCUCGUGCCCCUGGCGCUUGCACUUACAUGGAGAAAGAGGGCAAACAACGGUCUGCGGCUCCCGCCGGGGCCGUGGCAGCUGCCGGUCAUCGGAAGCCUUCACCACCUCGUCAGGCAGCUCCCGCACCGUGCCUUGCGCGACCUGGCCAUGCGCCACGGGCCGGUCAUGCUGCUCCGGCUCGGCUCGGUGCCCACAAUGGUGCUGUCGUCGCCAGACGCGGCGCGCGAGGUACUCAAGACCCAGGACCUGGCGUUCGCGACGCGGCGGCUCACGGCUACCAUGGGCGUCCUCACCUGCGGCGGCCGGGAUAUGAUCUUCGCGCCCUACGGCGACUACUGGCGCCAGCUCCGCAAGAUCGCCGUGACGGAGGUCCUUACGGCGGGACGCGUGCGCUCCUUCCGGGCCAUCCGCGAGGAGGAGGUCGCCACCAUGCUGCGCGCCAUCCAGUCCGCCGGUCCCGUGGUGGACUUGCGCGCGCUGCUGUCCGCGCUCGUCUCCGACGGCACGUUCCGCGCCGUCAUGGGCAGCCGGUGCGACUCCAAGCAGCGGGACCUCUUCCUGCAUGAGCUUGACAGAAUAGUCCGCCUUGCCACCGGGCUUAACACGGCGGACCUAUGGCCGUCAUCGUGGCUCGCCGGACGGCUCAGCAACGCCCUCCGCCGUGCCGAGGAGAUCCAUGCCAGCGUGUUCGGGAUCAUCAAGGGCAUCAUCCACGAGCAUCUAGAGAGGAGGGAGGAGGGCCAGGGCGGCGAGGAGGACGUGCUGGACGUGCUCCUCAAAAUACACAAAGACGGUGUCAUCGACAUGGUUGCCGUCGAAGGCGUCAUCUUUGACAUCUUCACCGCUGGGAGCGAGACGUCUGCGACGACACUAGAGUGGGCGAUGGCGGAGCUGAUGAGGAACCCAACAGCGAUGGUGAAGGCGACGGCGGAGGUACGGCGAGCCUUCGAGGGUGAUGGCACGGUCGACGAGGGCAAGCUCGGCGAGCUCCCAUACAUGCGCCUGGUCAUCCGGGAGACGUUCCGUCUGCACCCGCCGCUGCCGCUGAUGCUCCCGCGCGAGUGCCAGGAACCAUGCAAAGUUCUGGGCUUCGACGUGCUCAAGGGCACGCAGGUGAUCGUCAAUACCUGGGCACUAGGCCGUGAUGAGCGAUCCUGGGGGCCCGACGCGGCCGAGUUCCGGCCGGAGCGCUUCGAGUCCGGCGCUGGGGUAGACGUGGACUUUAGGGGGACAGAUUUCGAGCUGCUGCCGUUCGGCGCUGGGCGGAGAAUGUGCCCCGGGAUGGCGUUCGGCCUGGCCAGCGUGGAGCUCCCGUUUGCUAGCAUGCUGCUCCACUUUGACUGGGAGGCGCCGAACAUCUCAAACCCGGCCGAGUUCGACAUGACAGAGCAAAUCGGUGUCACCGCUCGGCGGAAGGCCAACCUCCUGCUGCGCCCUUCGCUUCGCGUGCCACUGCCAACCUCUCCACCACAUUAAGACCGUUCUGACUGUACAUACAUGUACUAAGGGUUGAAGGAAUAGUGAGAGAUUGGUGAAACUGAUGUUUUACUGCUUGAGCCUUGUGGGCGUACAUAUAGGCAGGGCGGAGCUCCCGAUGCACCACUUUAACAAGGCAUAAUUUUUUUAUGCAACGAUGCAUUGCAUAAAGGUGUA